CAUCCCUAGAUAUCUUCUAUAAAAAUGUCAGAUCUAGCAUUAGGUUGUACCAGAACAUAGUGACCAUUUAGUUUCUUUGAACUAGGUCAAGUCAUUCGUUAUUUCAUGUAAAGCAAUUUCAGCUCUUCACUCUCUACCGCAAGUACUUCGACUGCAUUGCGCAUUGAUCCACAAGCCGCAUCCAAAUCAAUCACCAUUCCCGACUGCCUUGGUCAUAUUUUGAGAUGUCUGAUCUACCAACAUUGGUCUUCAUACCUGGUUCCUGGCAUAAACCUACUUGCUACAACAAAGUCACCAAAAUCCUCCAGGGGCAGCACAACUUGAACUGUGUCUCUGUCACUCUCCCAUCUACAACAGGCAACCCAGCCGCGACUUUCAAAGAUGAUCUCGAUGCUGCCCGCGAAGCCAUAUUCAAUGAGACCACCCACGGGCGCAAUGUGGUAGUUCUUGCGCACUCUUAUGGUGGUAUUGUUGGCAACAGCGCAAUUAAGGGUUUCAUACGGCCACAAGAUGCCACCGCAAACGAAAUUCAACCCUCAACAACGGGCUAUGUUAUUGGCCUCAUUCUUAUAGCCAGCGGCUUUGCCAUGACAGGAUUCUCCUUUAUGGAUCCAUUUUUUGGCCAUCCACCUCCUUCCUGGCGUGUCAAUAACGAAACUGGCUAUGCCGAGCUUGUCACAUCUCCACGCGAGCUCUUUUAUCAUGACUUACCCGCAGAUGAAGCGGAAUACUGGAUUUCUCAGCUCACUACCCAAAGCCUUAAAGCACUGUUUGAGGGUGGUGAGUACGUAUAUUCUGGCUGGAAGGAUGUGCCAGUCUGGUAUAUUGGCACCACCGAGGAUCGGGGUUUGCCGGUGCUGGUGCAAAGAAUCCAGGUGGGCGCUGUGAGAGAGCAGGGUUGUAGCGUGGAGCAUAGGGAGCUGCAGACGAGUCAUUCGCCGUUUCUGAGUCAACCAGAAAUGACGGCAAGUAUUAUACUUGAAGCUGUUGAGGCAUUUACGGGGAAAUCGAAGGGAAACGAAUCUACAAUGGUUGGAAGUGGCCAUGCAAUAGCAGUUCCAAGGGCUACACUCUGGCAGCCUUUCACGUGGUUUAGAUUUGGGCUACCUCUGGCCUUUGGUCACUUGAUAGGAAAGGGAGUUCUCCUGUUCAAUUGGGGGAAGAGAUUACGGAGGUCUGGGUCUAGCUAACGUACUCGUUAUCAUCGGUUUUCCACCGACGUUUAUAAAGAGAUGAAUAUAUGCUUUUGCAACAUUUGUAUCGUGUUAGUAAGAGACGCUUUAAAGAACUCUUACUCUAAAACCUUAAGCGUCAUACGGCUAGCCACCCAUUGUUUUCCCUCCAACUUACUAUGGAGUCUUUACUACGAUCUAGCUAAUUAUAUCACAGGUGUAUUCCUACGUAGCGUAGGUGACUACUUAGUUCCCCUAAAUAGCAAUAUUCAAGCUUAUUGUAGCCUCGAUAACGAAAUGUGUCUGCUUCCGAAGCAGAACGUGACUCGCAGCU